CAUAGUUGCAGCAAGUCAAAACACGACGACGUCAUGGCAGGUCGAUCCUGAGCUACCUUGUAUGGUGACGAAACUCGUCUUUUUGGUACAGUUUACGCUAGUUUCUUCUUCCACAAGUUGUUUUCGAAAUGUCGGCAGCUGCUGUUAAGAGAGUAGUGUUUGGCAGCUCUCAGGAGAGGGAACUCUUUCCUCUCCACUAUGCACCAGACCGGCUGGGAAACCAAAUGGCGCGACCGCCAGCGCCUCACGUCGGCCCUGGCUGCUAUGACAACCAUGAGUUUGGCACCAUUCUCUACGACUUACAGAGGACACCGGGGAGUAAGAAAGGAUAUGGUCUCUCUGCGAGGACUGCUGCACGCUUUCCGCCCUGUAGCAAGACAGCGACCCCUUCCCCACAGCAGUACCAGCAGGAUCAAAGCCAGUCCAGAGGCCCCCCUCCUAGCAAAACACCUUUCAACUCUACCACGGAGAGGUUCAGAAGCACGUCACGUACAGCUGAGGACAGCCCAGGGCCCGGGACCUACGCUCAUGAUACAGUAACAAACAGGAAAGUGAGCUGGCCCAUGUGCUUCGGGAACCCAGACUGGUCCAGACUGCCUCAGACGCAGAAGAAGUCCCUCAGGGUGAAGCUAAACCAAGAAAAGGAUUUCCUGAAGCACAGAAGCAAGGUGGCCUACCUGAGUUUGUACUACUAACUCUAAAGCUGAUGGAUGAAGUCCCACUGGGAUACUGAUGUAAAAUGGUGCCUUUGUCAAAUUAUUUACCUUAUCAUUUACAGACAUUUCAUGGGCUGUCAGAAGAAAAGUAAGAUAUCAAGGGUAAAAAAACAAACUAAUUUCUUUAUUUACAAAAUGACUGAUUUCUGUAAGGGUGGUAUAUUACACCAUAUUUUUUACCAAGUUAGUGCUUGCUGAAAAGUAACGCAACA